GAUCAUGCCAAUUGGACCGACGUCUACCGCCGCGCAGAUUCGUUCUCCGCCGUCGGCAUCUUUCUCACAGCGCCUCGAUGGGGGUUCGCCGCUGCAUAAUCAUCGGUUCUUUGGCAUGCCCGAUCCAUUCACAUGGCAGACCUCUGCUCCGACGGUUCCAGACUUCCAUCUACCACCGUCACCAGUGUUUCAGGAUCUCCGAAUCUCCUCUACAAUGUUUUCUGGCCCAACGUUCGCAGGUCAGCCCGGGGUGGCACCGCUACAGUCACAGGCGAGCCCUUCUAUGCCAGGUUUUAAUCAUUCCACCAGUUUUUUAUCUUCCCUGGCUUCACAACUGGCUUUUUCUACCCCGAAUGUGAAUAAUAUUGUGACCACCCGUCUGUCUGAGGUCAAAGAUUACUUACCCUGGAGAACUCAGUUUGAGUCUUUUUUAGUCUCUCACAGUUUAUUGGGAAUUCUGGAUGGGUCUCUUCAGUCCCCAUCCCCUACUAUUACUGAUUUAUCCCGUCAAGAAAUUCCCAAUACUGACUAUCAUCAUUGGUUAAAAAUAGAUCAAACUGUGAGGUCAUGGCUGUUUGCUACGUUAGCUCGAGAUGUCCUUAUGGAGGUUUAUGAUUUAAAAUUUUCACAUCAAAUCUGGGAUAGACUUCAAAAACGUUUCAUGUCAGCAUGCAUUUCUCGUUCUGUUGAAUUGAAGCGUUUACUUUCUCACGUGAAAAAGAAGGAUACUCAGACUAUGGAUCAAUAUUUACUUGAAAUAAAACUUAUAGCGGACAAACUAGCAGCCAUUAAUUCUCCUGUUAGUGCACGUGAUUUAAUUGAAUAUGCUAUCAUUGGAUUGGGUCGUGGUUAUGAGUCCCUCAUCAACAAUAUUGACUGCAUGUCGAGUAUUCCUUCUCUAGAGGAUAUACGACCCAUUCUUCAAGCACAAGAACAGAGAAACCUAUUUUUCCAGGCCCAAGAAUUAUCAUCCGUUCCCCAAGCUUUUGCUGCGGCUCCUGCUCCAGCGGGUCGCGGGCCUGGUCAGCAGCGAGGGGGUGGUCAACAGCGAGGGGGUCCUGGUGGCCGCGGUCAGCGAGGGGGCCGUGCCCGAGGGGGCCGAGGCCGAGGUGGUAGAGCAUAUUAUCAGCAGCAGUACGGUGCUGCUCCACCGCAGCAUGGCGGAUUUCCGGGACAGCCGGCUCAGGGGCAGCCACGUCCACCUGCUUUUCAUGGGGCUCCAGGUUUUCCAUCUGUGGAUCCCACCCAUCAGUACCCUCCUCCCCCCGUUGUUUGUCAAUUAUGUUUUUCCCCAGGUCACUCUGCAUUACACUGCUCACGCUUUACGGCUUCUCAUACACCGGCUUUGGCUGCUCUCCCAACUGGUGAAAACAAUGAUUCGGUCUGGUAUCCUGACUCGGGGGCUAGCGCUCAUAUGACUCCACAUGAAGGUGAUUUGGGCCGAUCAAUUUUUUUAGAAGUUGCCUGCCUUAUUUCAAGCAUUCAAGCAUAUUCUGAUAUUAAGUCGAGACUCACGUUUCACUCGUUGAAAUGAACGAUCAAGCAAGUCUCGAAGGGCAUUCGCCAUGCCGCCUUUGGUAUUUUGCGUUUAAUUGCAUGUAAUAAUUUAACAACCGAGUUCCAACUUGUUCAAUCAAAAUCCUUAAAAUAAUACGGUGUAUAAUCAGGGAUGGAGCCAACUAGCCAAG